UAUCGCCGUUUCCCUUUUUUGUGUACGCGCCCGUACUGAAUUGCUGUAUUCAUGUUCCCGUGCGCAGACGGCGCAGACGGAAGCUAGGUUUCAGAAAGCUAGCUAGCUACUGAUAACAAUAUGCACACAUUUACCUCCCCUUGGCGACUGGAUGAUCUGAACGCCAAAUAAACGCUUACGUGCAACUGUGACUUGUACAGGCAUUUUUGUCAAACGGAGCAGCAUUUUUUUUUUACAAAGCCACAAAAUCAAUGUAUUCGGCCCCUGGAGCUGCAGCAUUUCAACAAGAAGCGUUUUCAUUUGCAGACGAACUGUUGUGAAGAGUAACUACUGCUCGGGAGAGUGUCCAUUUACACGCCUCUGAUCCCGCUCAAAAGAGAAAGUGGAGGAUUUGUAUUUCCAGUUGUCAACAGCUGACUUGUAGUCCUCCUCUUUACAGUAAUCAUCUUGACCAAUCUUCAGUGUCUUUGGCAGCCAUGGACUGGGCCACUCCUGCUGCCAAACUGAACCCAUACGCCCGUGCCCGCGUGACAGAGGCCUGGCAGCAGCAUGCAGUCUCCCAAACACAGGUGGUCCACACCAUCCCUCCGGCGGCUGAGAACUGUACUGUGUAUGGGAUUGUCCUGCAGCAAGAGUCCACACCCCUUCACCAACAACAACAGCAGCAGCAGCAGACCCAGCUUGGGCAGCAGGACCAGCAACACACGCAGCACGUUCAGCAGCACUCUGCCCAGGACCAGCAGGAUGGGAAUGAGGGAGUACGCAAGUGCGAGGCAUGUGGGCAUGACAUCUCCCACCUCGCCAACCCCCAUGAGCACCAGUGCAUGGUGAGUCAGGAGAGGUCGUUCCAGUGCACCCAGUGCUUGAAGAUCUUCCACCAGGCGACAGACUUACUGGAGCACCAGUGUGUUCAAGUGGAACAGAAACCCUUUGUGUGCGGGUUGUGCAAGAUGGGCUUCUCUCUGCUCACAUCUCUCGCCCAUCACCACUCGUCCCACAACAGCAAGCAUCCGAUGAAGUGUUCCAUAUGCGAGAAGACGUACCGGCCCGGUUCUUCUGGCAGCAUGACUUCCAGCUCCUCCUCGAACAAUGCCCAUCAGCCCAGCAGCGAUAGGGUGUCCACUAGCAGUCACUCGUCCAUUCUACCCUUUCCUUCAGCCCGUGACCGCCCUUACAAAUGUUCCAUAUGUCAGAAGGGCUUCAAGCACCUCUCAGAACUGACACGACACGAACGGGUGCACACAGGCGAGAAGCCUUUUAAAUGUGACACGUGCGACAAGGCCUUCAGCCAGUCGUCGCACCUGCAGCACCACCAGCGGACACACAGCAACGAGCGCCCUUUCAAGUGUGCGGUCUGCGAGAAAAGCUUUAAGCACCGCUCCCAUUUGGUGCGUCAUAUGUACGUGCACUCCGGCGAGCACUUAUUCAAAUGCAACUUAUGCGAGUUGCACUUCAAAGAAUCGUCGGAGCUCCUCCACCAUCCCUGCCACCCGCAGGGUUCCCGCCCCUUCCGCUGCGCCACUUGCGGAAAGGGCUUCAAGCGACCGUCGGACCUGCGGCAACACGAGCGCACGCACUCAGAGGAGCGUCCUUUUCACUGUGACGAGUGUCAGAUGAGCUUUAAACAGCAGUACGCCCUAGUCAGGCACCGCCGUACGCACAACGACCCGGGCGACAGGCCGUUUAAAUGCAAUCUAUGCGACAUGGGCUUCAUGCAACCGUCACACCUCCUCUACCACCAGCACAUCCACGGCAUGGACAACCUGUUCAAGUGUCCCUCGUGUCAGAAGGAGUUCAGCCAAUCAGGAGAGCUGCUCAGGCACAAGUGCGGAGAGUCGCCCAACCCUGCGCCUGACAAGCCGUACAAGUGCGACGUCUGCAACAAGGGCUACAAGAAGAGUUCCACGUUACAGCGGCAUCAAAACUCUCAUUGCCAAGACAAGCCCCUCAAGUGUUCCCUUUGUGACCGUCGCUUCCUCUCCUCAUCCGAAUUCGUCCAGCAUCGCUGCGACCCGUCACGAGAAAAGCCGCUGAGGUGUCCCGACUGCGAGAAGCGGUUCAAAUACUCGUCAGACCUCCACAGACACGUACGCGUGCACACGGGUGAGAAGCCGUACAAGUGCGAGCAUUGCAACAAGUGCUUCAAACAGCGCGAACACAUGACCAAACACCAGAGCACGCACUCCAGAGGACAGUUUCAGUGCGUGUGGUGUGGCGAGCGCUUCAGUGACCUUGGCUCCUUACAGGACCACACAGUACAGCACACCACUGAUGGAGAGGACUACCCUGUGCCCAACUGCAUCUAACUCAAUCUCUUAACUACUUCUUCCCUUCACAUCCUCUCACCUCCACCAAGCAAUACAGUUGGGGUUUAGUGCAGCACACAAUAUUUUUAUGCGUACCAUCACCAAAAGUUGUGACGGGUACUUACAGAUUCAUGGGGAUUGAGUCUGAGAACUCGUCAACACAUCAAGUCUUGGUCCACCAUGUUUUUGUUACUACAAAGUAAAUGGCGGAUGUCGCUUUUGUCCACUUAAAAUUUCAGAUCCAAAAACGCCAGGGCACGUACUCUUUGAGUAGAAAUGUAGGGUGUGUCACCCCCCUCUAGGAAUGGACAAUAUUGCUUAAAAUCUAUAUAGUAUACUGUAUAUAGUAGCCUCUUGCGAUAACAAUAUAUAUCAUUUGGCAUAUAAAUGGUAAUAAAAUCAUUUUAAAACAAGUUACGUAGACUCCUAAUUUAGCUGCUGACGUAUGUGAUAACAUAUUGUUAUUAUCUCAAUAACACAUUCAUCUACUCGCUAAUUUACUGUUAAUAUCUGUUUACUUACUGUUGUAACAUUUUUAUAUGUACACUCAUGUUAAGAUAUAAUCAGCACUUAUUCUUCUGUUGUUUGGCUACUUUAAAUUAGUUUUGGGUGAUACUACAAAUUUGAGUAUGGAGCCGUUUGAAUGCCAAGUAGUUAUAGUGGAUGAAUUGGCCAUACUGAUGUCCAUACUUAAAAUUUUCAGGAUCAUUAAAUGAUUCUGAUUACAAUCUGUAGUCUGACAAAAACCCAGGAUGUGUAACAAUAUCAAUUAAUAUUUUAAUUAUUUAAGUUAAGUUAAAGUACCAAUGAUUGUCACACACAUACUAGGUGUGGUGAAAUUUUUCCUCUGCAUUUGACUCAUCCCCUUGUUCACCCCCUGGGAGGUGAGGGGAGCAGUGAGCAGGAGCGGUGGCCGCGCCCGGGAAUAAUUUUUGGUGAUUCAACCCCCAAUUCCAACCCUUGAUGCUGAGUGCCAAGCAGGGAGGUAAUGGGUCCCAUUUUUAUAGUCUUUGGUAUGACUCGGCCGGGGUUUGAACUCACGACCUACCGAUCUCAGGGCGGACACUCUAACCACAAGGCCACUGAGCAGGUUCAUUCAUUACGUACACCAUUUAUAAUGAAGUCAAAGUAACCACUAUUGGCUGUUAUUUCCUGAGUUUGUCAACAAUAACAAAAAUGACCAAAAAAGUUUCUAAUCACUGUAGCAUCGACCAUAUACUGAUUCGACACUCUUUAUCGCUAUUGUCGAUAUUUGUAUCGAUUAAUCCAUCCCUAUUUACAUUCAGGAGCUCUAGCGGGUUGCUAUUCUUUUUUGUAUCCCAUUACGGUGUGUAGUGUAGGAUGUUUAGCUAUUCCUUGUCCUCCAGUGGGAAUUGCAGUUUGCCGCCAUGGGGGCGAGUAUUAGUCAUUUAGAAGCUUCACUUUUGAGGGACAUUAGCUGUGAGCGAGGACGCGGGACACAGCUAGGCUGUGACAUCAACAUGCCUUAUCACGAUAUAAAAGAUAGUGUUAAAAUCGCUCAAAAUUAUAUACAAACCCCGUUUCCAUAUGAGUUGAGAAAUUGUGUUAGAUGUAAAUAUAAACGGAAUACAAUGAUUUGCAAAUCCUUUUCAACCCAUAUUCAAUUGAAUGCACUACAAAGACAAGAUUUUUGAUGUUGAAACUCAAACUUUUUUUUUUUUUUUGCAAAUAAUAAUUAACUUAGAAUUUAAUGGCUGCAACACGUGCCAAAGUAAUUGGGAAAGGGCAUGUUCACCACUGUGUUACAUGGCCUUUCCUUUUAACAACACUCAGUAAACGUUUGGGAACUGAGGAGACACAUUUUUUAAGCUUCUCAGGUGGAAUUCUUUCCCAUUCUUGCUUGAUGUACAGCUUAAGUUGUUCAACAGUCCGGGGGUCUCCGUUGUGGUAUUUUAGGCUUCAUACUGCGCUACACAUUUUCAGUGGGAGACAGGUCUGGACUACAGGCAGGACAGUCUAGUACCCACACUCUUUUACUAUGAAGCCACUUUGAUGUAACAUGUGGCUUGGCAUUGUCUUGCUGAAAUAAGCAGGGGCGUUCAUCGUAACGUUGCUUGGAUGGCAACAUAUGUUCCUCCAAAACCUGUAUGUACCUUUCAGCAUUAAUGGCGCCUUCACAGAUGUGUAAGUUACCCAUGUCUUGGGCACUAAUACACCCCCAUACCAUCACAGAUGCUGGCUUUUCAACUUUGCGCCUAUAACAAUCCGGAUGGUUUUUUUCCUCUUUGGUCCGGAGGACACGACGUCCACAGUUUCCAAAAACAAUUUGAAAUGUGGACUCGUCAGACCACAGAACACUUUUCCACUUUGUAUCAGUCCAUCUUACAUGAGCUCAGGCCCAGCGAAGCCGACGGCGUUUCUGGGUGUUGUUGAUAAACGGUUUUCGCCUUGCAUAGAAGAGUUUUAACUUGCACUUACAGAUGCAGCGACCAACUGUAGUUACUGACAGUGGGUUUCUGAGGUUUUCCUGAGCCCAUGUGGUGAUAUCCUUUACACACUGAUGUCGCUUCUUGAUGCAGUACAGCCUGAGGGAUCGAAGGUCACGGGCUUAGCUGCUUACGUGCAGUGAUUCUCUGAACCCUUUGAUGAUAUUACGGACCGUAGAUGGUGAAAUCCCUAAAUUCCUUGCAAUAGCUGGUUGAGAAAGUUUUUUUUUUAAUUGUUCAACAAUUUGCUCACGCAUUUGUUGACAAAGUGGUGACCCUCGCCCCAUCCUUGUUUGUGAAUGACUGAGCAUUUCAUGGAAUCUACUUUUAUACCCAAUCAUGGCACCCACCUGUUCCCAAUUUGCCUGUUCACCUGUGGGAUGUUCCAAAUAAGUGUUUGAUGAGCAUUCCUCAACUUUGUCAGUAUUUUUUGCCACCUUUCCCAACUUCUUUGUCACGUGUUGCUGGCAUCAAAUUCUAAAGUUAAUGAUUAUUUGCAAAAAAAAAAAAGUUUAUCAGUUUGAACAUCAAAUAUGUUGUCUUUGUAGCAUAUUCAACUGAAUGUGGGUUGAAAAUGAUUUGCAAAUCAUUGUAUUCCGUUUAUAUUUACAUCCAACACAAUUUCCAAACUCAAAUGGAUUUUGUAAUUUAUAUCGUCUAUCAUGCAACCCUACCCCCAAUUGCGAUUUAAAGGGGAAACUAAGCAUUCAGUUAUUGUGACCAAAAUGAUCAUGGUUACCAAUAUAAUAUGCAAGCACUGGUUCUUUGUAAGUGCAAAAAUAUCAAUUCUCUGAACUGAACUGUAUUGCUGGGUGGGGUUCUCUUUCUUAGCUCAAUGUACAACAUAUUUGCAGCACAUCGUUUUGGUUCUCUAACCAAUAGACUCGAUCAUCACAGUCUUGUUAUAAAGUUCCCACCCCAUUUUUAUCUGCUUUUAUAAGCCUGAGAGUAACAAAGCAGCUCCAUCCACUGAACUGCCACGCGAGUAUGUAUAAAGAUGCCAUAAUGGAGGUUAAUUCAGACAAUGUAGUAUUAACAGACGUGUUUGUCAAAUAAAAAGUACGACAUGGCCAAGAUGGGAAAAAAAAUACUUUUGGUGACUAUAAAGAAGAAAAUAAUUGUGUUUCUUUCCUCUUGCCUUAUUAUUUGUCCUCCUCAAGUUAGUAUACACUGGCACUCAAUUGUUUGAACACACAUUUACUUCCAUUCAUCCAUCGCGGGGGUGGAUGGAGCCUAUCCCAGCUGCAUUAAUAAUGUUUUUUUUUAUGUUUCAUAUAACUUAAAGACCAAGAAAGAACUAAAAAAUGCCUUUGUUUUUUGAUACACAAUUGAAAAGUGUAAGGAUUUUAAUUGUUUUUUUUUAAAAGCCACACACAGGCCCUUUUAAAACGAUCUGGUAUUUUUUCUAUUUAGAAAGAGACGUCAAUGCAAAGACCAAAGCAGUUAAUUGCUGUACAAAGUUUGAAUUUAUAGAUGCAUGUUAAAUUGAUUGUACUUGCAGUUUGCCUUCUAAAGUCAGACUAAGUAACAAGGCGACGAUUGCAAAAGAAACCCAGAAAAUACAAAUGUUAAUGUAAGGGGGUGGGGCACUAAACAACAAAAUGACCUCUCCAAAAUACUUGUCAAACACGUUUAUUACAGUCUAAUCAGUAUAUCAUUGCUGUACAUACUGGAUGUGUACCUGUCAGAAUGUGUCUAUCUUAAAAGAACAUUUUGUAUUGCUACUUUUUGACAACAUUCUUCACUUUAAUGUCUGUGUGGUCCGUGUAGUGAUUGUAUCUCGUUGAAAGUAAAGACAAACGUGGCCCAGCUUGUGAAUGGAAGCUCUGUUAGGUCAAAUGAGGAAACGCAGGCUGACAAACAGUUUAUUAAUGUUUCAGCAGAUCGGCCCCUUUUUUAAAAAAAAACAACAACAAAAAAACAUUCUAACCCAGGUCUGUCAUGAGGGGUUUUAUCACCAGCACUUAUGUCCUUAUUGUUUUCCUCUUAAAGAUUCUGGUAGGCUGGGUGUAUUGUGUCUGUUGUGCUACUCGGUGUAUCCUCCUUAGAGCCAGCAUCCUCUGGAUAUUUAUGUUUUGCAUAACAGCUAUUUUUCUUUUCUUUUCUGGAGAGUCACUGACCAAAAAGAAAUGUCCACUGAUUCUGGUUCUCAGGAGGAUAAAAGCUCCCCCAGUUCUUCCCUUCCUAAUUUGCUCCUGAUUAGCAGUUUAUGUGCAGUAUUAAAACAGUAUUUUUCA